AUGGUCAAUGAAGGAGCAAAAGUGGCAUUCAAAUGCCUCGCAUCCUCAGAAAAUGUGGUUGAAACACCAGGAGGUUCUUUUUAUUUAUUUCAAGACAAGAAGAUAGUCCAGGUUCAACCGAAUGUGGAAAACCUGAGACUUGGAGUCUUCAAACUCAAACACAUCGUAGUGGAGCAGGCAGGCAGGUACUCUUGUGCAUAUGGGCUGGAGAGCCAGGAGAGACUGGGAGACGUUACGAAUGAGAAUUCGGUAAACUUGACCAUCAAAGAAUCACAAGUUUUACUUGACUUAAAGCUAGUAAAGAAGAAUUCAGCUGAGGGAAUCGACGUGGAGUUCAUAUGCUCAUUUCCUGAAGACAGUGGGAUCAGGAACAUCCAAAAAGGCUUAUUUGAACUUCGCUGGGAUGGGGAGCUGCUGAGCUCACAGUAUUUAACAAACUCAUCAGAAGUCACGUUCAGCAUUGUCAAUGUGAAUGAAAACAAUGAUGGGAAUUAUGUUUGUGUGUUCAGGUUGGGAGAGAUUUACGCCGUUAAAAGUCCACCAGUCAAACUUCAGUACUCUGCACUUCAAUUUUCACUUCUUCUUGAAGUUGAACAAUCACCUAAAGGAAAGGAUGUGACCUUUGCGUGCCUGUUCCCUGGAGAGAACAGAAUUAGCCACAGGGCGAUUGGCACAUUUGAGCUUCACAGGGAUGGAGUCCUCCUCGCCUCACAGCCUAUGAAGGGCUUGACAGCAGCCUUAUUUAAAAUGAAGAACAUCAACAAGACUGGGACCUAUGUUUGUGUGUUCAGGCUGGGCACAAUGUACACCUUUAAGAGUGAGCCUGUCAUCCUGCAAUUUACAGGGAUAAACAAUACAAAGGAAACACAAGGCAGAACAGAGACGUAUUUUCUACCUAAUGUCAUCCGACUGAUUUUAUCUGCAGUGGUGGGUUUAGUACUUCUCUUUUUUUUGUGCAAUGCUUGUGGCAACAAAAGAUGAGAAGAAAAAGGAGCAGAAAUUGAAUUGUUAAACUUCUUGAUUAGUUUCAGCAAUUCUACAAUCACUCCAACUCAGUGCACCAUCUUGUGACAUAUUUGUAUGAAUACUUGAAGCAUCAGGAUGAAAAGGACUUGAACAUUACUGCAGUGUAAAAAAUGUCUAAAUGACAUAUUUCAAAUCUUAGUGCAGAUCAGGUACAUUUCAAUUUUUGACUUGCGCUCCGGCAUAAAGCAGAAUGCUAAACAUUGAGACAGGUGAAGACUACAGAUUAUGAAAAGUGAAGAAAGUGGCAGUAAAGACCUUUUGGAAUGGGACGACCUUAGAUGUCAAUGUCUUUUUGAAGUCUUUUAAUGUUAAUCUAAUGUGAUAUUCCAGAAGUGUCAUCUUGAGUCUGUCUAGUUUGACUGUAAACCACUUGUCUGUAAGUAAAAUCUCAAUAUUUGAAUUGCUGCAUAACUUUGAAAGG